UAUGUUUCUGUUUUUUUCCUUUGGUUCUAACAUUUUAAGAUGUAUGUAUACGUAUUUAUAUCUCGUAUUUUGCUUUGAAUGAUGCAAUUGAGAGCAAUAGACUUCUUACCUGCUUUGACAAGGAGCUUUAAUCGCACUUUAAAUUCAGUUCAGUAUGUUUUUGCUAUUAAUUAAAAUAAAACGUGCAAGCACAGAAGAAGAGGGAGAAAACAUAGGGGAACGUAGAAAAUAUAAUUAUAAUAAACGUGCACAUAUUUUGAAACGUGAAACAUGUAACUAGUGACAGCUGGUGACUAAUUUUAUCAUUCCUAAUAAAUAUAUAAAGUUGCAUUUUCUCGUCGUUUGGAAGAGAGUGGCGCGGAGUAUAGCGAUCAGCUGUCAUGGCUGUCACAAUCUUUGUGAAAUAAGGGGAAGCAGUUCCUUUAUCCUAAAUAAUCCGUUCCGAUGCGCCGUGUUAGGAGAUGAUAGAUGAUCCGUCGAUUCUUUAAUAUUCUACAAUUUAUCGGAAAAAUGUUUCGAAUUUUCCAGUGUGACUCCUAUUGUCAUACCUCCGAAAUUUUCCAUUUUUAACAAUAAAUUAAUAUCAGAAUUAUUUAUGUAGAAAGUUUUUGAAAAAGGUAAAUUUAAUGAUCCCAUGGAUGCGUGAUCAAAUAGCAGAGGCCUGGCAUAACAGAAAGAGUUCAAGGACAGCCGACAGGCGGUCCUUGGCCCUUUCUUCUAUUGGCACAGGCAAUCCUGCAAGCAACAACACCAUGCUAAUGCCAUUACCUACCUCACCUGAAAGCUUUUCUGUCAAUGUUAUUAGCAUAGAAGGCAAUAUACUAGGUGUCACAGUAAAACCAGACUUUACUGUAGAAAACAUUAAGAAAAUAGCAAUGAUACAUUUCUACGGUGAAGAUACCACUAAGCCUAUCUCACGCUACCGCUUAGUUCAUUCAUCCAAGUUCAAACAGCUUGUAGAUGAGCAUUAUGUAGACGAUGAGGAUAUCAGUCAGUCUGAUGAAUUAUUACUAGUGGAAAUUCGACCAACUAUCGCGCAAGAAAAGCUUCCGGACGAAGCUCUCAAGGGUCCAAAUAUAGAAGCAAUAACACAAGCUACCUGUAAUGUACCUGGUCGAAAUGCACCUAAACGUAUGCCAUCUAUAGAAUGCCCUGCAGAUUUUCAGAAUGAAAUUCGUAAGAUCCUGAUAACUCUAGUGCAAGCAUCCGCGAAAAUCCUGAUGUACAGUCCAGAUGCUGAAAAAUUAUACGAUAUCAUUAAAGAAAAACUCGAAGCCAGGUGUAAGCCCACCAAUGAUCCAAAAGUCGUAAAAACUCUUAUAGAAAUGGGCUAUUCACACAAGAAAAUUCUCAAAGCGUUGCGUCUCCGAAAAUCUAAUAUGUCGGAAGCUUUGGAAUGGCUUAUAGAACAUCAGGACGAUUCGGACGAGGAAGAAGAUGAAGAUCCGGAUUUCUCCUCUAUAGAUACAACGGUGGAUGCUAGUGGUGCAGGGCCUAGUACCUCGAUGAACACUAAAAAAAAGUCAUUACAGGAUGCGUGUCUUGAACUUUUCGAAGCAGAAAAUGAAGGUGGGACAGAAAAGAACUUAGUGAAUAUCAUAGAAUUGCUGCUAGAAAGUUUCCGACAGUACAAGAGAAUGGAAUUUAAACCUAAUAAACGUGUACUGCGUUCGCUUAUGGAAAUGGGUUUUAAGGAGAAAGAUAUUAUCGGGGCGUUGAAAAUUACCGGAAACAAUCAAGCUAAUACCUGCGAAUGGUUGCUGGGUGAAAGAAGACGCAGUCUGCAAGAUUUGGACGAAGGAUUAGAGAUUGACGGGUCAAUUUACAAAGCGAUUAUGAGUAAUCCUCACGUUCAGCUCAGCCUCACAAAUCCCAAGAUGUUACUUGCAUAUUUGUCCAUGAUAGAAAGUCCGGCAUCGACGAAUGUGUGGAUCAACGAUCCUGUAGUCUCACCUAUACUUAGUCAGAUAUCUAAGACAUAUCACGCCGAGAAACACGCCAUCCACAUGAAUCGUUAUGCUUAGCGCUACUGUAAAACCUACUCGAGUCUCUGUGGAACAUCGAUAUUUUUGUAUAAAUUUACAAGUAACUUUCGUAGAGACUCGCGAUGCCAAUCUGCGAUUGGUGAUUGUCUGUGACUAUCAUUCUCUCGACUCGUAUAUAAUUAUAGUUAUAUAUUAUUUUAAUUGUAUAUAAUUGUAAUUGUUGCUAGUUGAAGAACCAUGUGUAAAAGUUUCCACAAGAUGUACAUCUUGCAUUACGCUAUCGUACGCUAUGAUGAUUGCACAUAUGUUCUCUAUACAGAGAUUUCUAUAUAGAAUGCUGAAAAUUGCUUUUGAUGUUGUACAAGUUACCUGUUAAAAAUUACUAGUGAAAAUGUGCUUUAAUAUAUACAAGAAGCAGCUAUUAUCCUUUUUUCUUUUUGACAUGUAACAAAAUCUAAUGAGAUAUAAUGAAUGUCUGAAAUAAUGGGCCACUUAAAUAUAUGCUGCAAGAUGUAUAACAUGCUGAAAUAUAUCACAGAUCUUGUUACGGUUCUCAGUUGCCUCGUUAUAUAAACUCUGUUUAAAUAAAUAUACUGAUUAAAUUGAUUACAACAAUUUAA